UGAACAAGUGCACCGAGUUGAGCUUCUCACAGAGCCACCGGGCUGGGGACGCAGGCGCCCAGCUUGGGCUCCUGAGACUCCAGUCUUCUGGACUUCCCCCCACCCCCGCUCCCGCCUCCGCCCCCUUCCCGUCUUACUCCCUCCUCACCCUCUGUCUGGAUUCUACCGGCUGUUCGUGAAACAGCUUUGCACCCAUUGGAUCUCCACGUCCUUUUGCAGGAAGUGCUCACGGACUGUUACGGCAGACUUUGCUCCCAGGCAAAAUCCACAUGGCACUCCCAAGAAUGAAGCAUUAAUAGCAUUAACUCAAUGAAGACAGUUAUGAAUAAACCAAAGAUUGGGCAACAGCUGCAAAAUCCUGGUUUUCACCCAAUUUUCUACUUCUGCUCCAAAGAGCAGGCUAUUUUAUGGACCGGUGAUAAUUGCCCCACCUCUACCCUGAAUCACUGUGGCUAAAGAACUCUUCUAUUCAUGGAGGUGAAAACUAAGGAAGGUUUCCACAUGAACCGUGAAGUUUCACUAUGCUAUGCUGUGGAGAAGACUUAAUCCUGUUAAAUCUGAAGGGAGUUCUCUGUGCCUCCUGGAUUUGGAUGUCUGCUUCCUUCUCCAGUGAAAGCCUGAUACAUUUCCUGUAGAAAGAGAAAAGAAGCUAAAAUGAAGGAAAGUGUGGCAUCCACAAUUUUCGUUUUGCUACUUUUUCUCAACACCAGACUCCUGAAUGGACAAUCGCCUCCUGGAAAACCUGAGAUCCUUAAAUGUCGUUCUCCUGAAAAGGAGACAUUCACCUGCUGGUGGAAGCCUGGGGAAGAUGGAGGUCUCCCUACCAAUUACACACUGACUUACCACAAGGAAGGAGAGACACUCACACAUGAAUGUCCAGACUACACAACCAGUGGCCCCAAUUCCUGUUACUUCAACAAGAAGCACACCUCCAUCUGGACAAUGUACAUCAUCACAAUAAAUGCCACAAACCAGAUGGGAAGCACUUCCUCGGAUCCACGUUAUGUGGACGUGACUUACAUAGUUGAACCAGACCCUCCUGUGAACCUGACUUUGGAAUUAAAACAGCCAGAAGACAAAAAACCAUAUCUGUGGAUGAAAUGGUUCCCACCCACCCUGGUUGAUGUAAGAUCUGGUUGGCUCACACUCCAGUACGAAAUUCGAUUAAAACCCGAGAAAGCCACUGAGUGGGAGACUCAUUUUGCUGGGCAGCAGACUCAGUUUAAGAUUCUCAGCUUAUAUCCAGGACAGAAAUACCUUGUCCAGGUUCGCUGCAAGCCAGACCAUGGAUUUUGGAGUGAGUGGAGCCCAGAGAGCUCCAUUCAGAUACCUAAUGAUGUCACCAUGAAAGAUACCAUUGUGUGGAUCUUUGUGGCUGUUCUUUCUGCUGUCAUCUGUCUGAUUAUGGUCGUGGCAGUGGCUUUGAAAGGCCACAGCAUGGUGACCUGCAUCCUUCCACCAGUUCCUGGGCCAAAAAUAAAAGGAUUUGAUACUCAUCUGCUGGAGAAGGGCAAGUCUGAAGAACUGCUGAGUGCCCUGGGGUGCCAAGACUUCCCUCCCACUUCUGACUGUGAGGACUUACUGGUGGAGUUUUUAGAAGUGGAUGACAGUGAGGACCAGCAGCUGAUGCCAGCCCUUUCAAAAGAACACCCGGGUCAAGAUAGGAAGCCCACACCCCUGGACCCAGACAGUGACUCUGGCCGGGGCAGUUGCGACAGCCCUUCCCUUUUGUCUAAAAAGUGUGAGGAAGCCCGGGCAAAUCCCUCCACAUUUAACACUCCUGAGGGCAUUGAGAAGCCAGAGAAUCCCCAGACAAAUGCUACCCGCACCUGGGACCCCCAGAGCACAAGCUUGGAAGGCAAAAUCCCUUCUUUCCCUGCCAAUGGAUCCAAAUCUUCAACAUGGCCUUUACCACAGCCCCCCAGCCAUCCCAGCCCCAGAUCUUCUUACCACAACAUUGCUGAUGUGUGCAAGCUGGCCAUGGGCCCAGCAGGUGCAUUGGCCACUUUGUUGGACAAAACAGACACACAUGCUUUAAGAUCUUCAAAAAAUGUUGAGACUGGAGGGGAGAAAGUGGCAGUUGAGCAGAGGGCAGUGGAAAGCUUCCAUUCCAAGACUGACCAAGGCACAGCAUGGCUGUUGACCCUGGAGAAAACCUCUUUGAUCUCUGUGAAACCCUUGGAUUAUGUGGAGAUUCACAAAGUUAACAAAGAUGGAGCACUAUCAUUGCUCCCAAAACAGAAAGAGAACGGCAACCAGACAGACAAGCCCAGCACUCCUGAAACCAGUAAGGAGUAUGCCAAGGUGUCCAGGGUGAUGGAUAACAACAUCCUGGUGUUAGUGCAGGAUCCGCAAGCCCAAAACCUGGCUUCAUUUGAAGAACCAGCCAAGGGGGCUCCACCGCCCCUUCAAUUGAAUCAAGCUGAAGAAGACCUGGCCUCCUUCACGUCGGCACCAAGCAACUGUGGACUCCAGCAGGGUGGGUUGGAUUACCUGGAUCCCACAUGUGUUAUGCACUCCUUUCAGUGAUAGCUUGAUUAAUGGAACGAUUGGUUAAAAUGUGACUUCUUUUCAGGUAACACUACAGAGUACAGGAAAUGCACUCUCCUAGAGAAGGCUCGAGAGCGUGGUUAGAUUGACACUAUACAGCCCACAGUUCGUUUUCAUGUUCCAUUGUCCACCAGCUGCCUCUUUCUCCAACAGCUGAUUCCAGAACAAAUCGCUUUGCUUCCCGUGGUUUGUACAUUUACUUUUUGCUAUUAGUUAUAAAAUUAUGUGUUCAAUGAAAUAAAAGCGCAUCGUUUAGUAUUCUCGAGGGAUAGUACCGACAGGUAUAUCCUCUGGAAGAGACUUUCACGGUUUGGUGUGUGACAAAAGGAAAUGAGAGAGUCACGGUUGUUUACCACAGGAAGAUGACAGGUGUGAGAGACAAAUGCCAUGAAAACCACUGUUGAAAACCAACGAACCUUUGCUUGACCUUUGUUUGACCUUUACUUGACCUUUGCACUCCUCUCUCGUUUUAUUAGGAUGAACCGAACACAUUUAAAGAAAGAAUGCAUUCCAGAACACCUGACAAAUUGUUUACAUCAGUUCCUAUCACCUUAGUGAUACAUUGCCAAUAUGCAAGCCAAAAUGAUGCCUCCAAUUUUUUCUUAAAAUGGUUUGAAUUUAUUAAGCGUGGGUUUUCCCCCCUAAAUUGUAUUUUAUCCUAAAGCCUCUAGAGAAUAUAGUUUUGGAAAAUGGAAUUUUCUUACAUUACAGGUAAAUGAGUUUCAUGUGGUAAAUUCUUCUAAAAUGUUUUCCUGUUUCAUUUCAGCACACGAGAUAAUUUAGUAAACCCCCUAGUCUUCUGUUAGGUAAAAAAAAAAAAAAAAAUCCGGAAGACUAACGUUAAUUUAAAAGAUAAUCACAGCAGGAUGCUAAUGGAAAUACUGCCUUACUGUACAUAUGAAUUCUACUUUAAUAGAAACCCAUAAGUUUCACAAUGUAUUUUUGAAGACUAUUUUUCUAUCACUUAGGUAAAAUAAAAGACUAUUUUCUAUCUUCCCAGUACAGCUGUUUACGUAUUUAAUGCGUACAGUAUUUUCUGCUAUGAGGUUAUAAUGAGCAUUUGCAGUACAUAGUAGUAUAUGCAGUCCCUGUUUGUGGAGGAAAAUGCCAUCCCAACCCAAAGCCCAUUGAAGAUUACGAAGUGAAUGAUUAUAUUCAGUUUCCAGCAUAGUAUGGUGUAGUUUAUCUGAUUCGUUUUUUAUCUCCAUGACACUUGAAACAGUCGCCAGCCUAGAGUUUUAGGGCUUUCCACAGACCAUAAAUUACUUCGGUGAUUUAGGGCUUGUCUGGGCUUUCUGCUCUUCUCUGGGUGAAUAUUCAUAAAACCACCAUGAAAAGGUGAGUGGUGACUCACCACGUACUGUUUUAGAGAGAGGGUUUGGUUUCGUUUGGUUUGCUUCUGAGAAAUCUUGGGCAGCAAAGAAAAUUUAAGCAAAGCCAGAAGUUAGUAUCUCUCUGAAGUAGAUCCAUUUGCGAAAUCUUGGCAGAGGAAUAAAGGUCAAGGUGUGGAAGUAAGAAUCUCCAAGUCUGCUCCAGGGGCAGCCUUCCCAAGAGCAGUCCAAAGCCUGGCCCUCCAUUUUGAAGAGAGCAUUCAUGACUCAUCAAAAAGCCUCCCUCUGUUUUUCAUUUCACCUGCUGGCGGACCCAUUCUCUGUUCACUCACUAGCUGGAUAUAGUCAAUUUGAGCUCACCUCUAUGAGUUCAGUAUUCCACCCCAGCAACCCCAUGCUCACUGGAAGUGGACUCCGAGGUGGCCGGAUGUUCGAAAGUGAACAUGUCGCUAGCUUUCAGAAUUGCAAAAGUAAAUAGAUCUGAGUUCCUCUUCUCCCAGUAUAGAAUAACAAGAAGAGCGAAGGUAUCCUGUGGGAAAGUUGCCCGUGUGCAUUCAGGCCUCUAGGUCCUUGCUACUCAAAGUAUGCUUGGAGGACCAGCUAAAUCAGCAUCUCACCUGGGCGCUGCUUGGAAAUGCAGAAUCUCGGCUCCUCUGCCCCAGACCUACAGAAUCAGAAUCUGCCCUUUACUAAGAUCUCAGAUGAUUCACAUGCACAAUGAAGUUUGAGAAGCACUGCCCUAGGUCACCAUUUCCACUAAAGGUUAUAUUAGUGCAUAGACACAAUCCUCUCUUGGAAAUACAUGUCAAGUCUAAAUUGCACUGAAUGACACUGUUCAUAAGAAGAAGGCAUACUUUUUGAAAAAUCCAUUUGGGGGUUAAAUUUACAUAAUGAUAGAGAACGACUUGCAAAGUACACACAACUCUAAAAAGGGCAUGGGAAUAGGGGCGCCUGGGUGGCUCUGUUGG